CGCAGAACGUGCCAGACCGAAAAAGUUGAGUUUCGAGAGCGGAUAUCCCGGGCUAGUGUAGAACGGAAAUUUAUUCGGCUGUUAAUUCAAAAUCCAGAAAGGAAAACAAAUAAACAAAGCAAACUUAAUUCGUGUGCGGAGGAGAAGUCAAAAGAUCCACAAACAUGGGCUGUGCCACGACCAGCAUCAAGAUCGCCUCCAUCGUUCUGAAUGUCAUUCUAGGGUUUCUGGCUGUCGGAGCUAUAGGAUGGAUUGCUUAUAAUGCGGAUAUGGAGACCCAAGAAUUCGUCAUAGCUGGCUACAUAGCGUGCUCGGUCAUCCUGCUCUUUGCUUUUCUGGGCAUCUUCGCGGCUGUCCGGGAAUCGGUGGCACUGACGACGACGAGUGCCGUGUUCCUGCUUAUUCUAGCCAUCAUACAGAUCGUAAGCACCUGCCUGUUCCUACAUCAAUACGAAGUGAAGAACGGCCAGGAGGCGGUGGAGCUGGCCUGGCAGGCGAACAAUAUGGAUGCAAUACAGCAGAAGCACGAGUGCUGCGGCAAGAGCAGCGCCCAGGAUUACAUCAACCUAUCGCAGAUUAUUCCUCCCAGCUGUUACGCUGAUCUGCAGCAGUCUCCUGACCAUUUGUACGUGGAAGGAUGCGUCGAAAAGCUGCAGGACUUUUACGAGAGCGACAAGCAGCGCUUCCUCAUCAUUUCCUGGGUCCUAGUGGCCUUCGAGUUAAUCUGUUUUGCCUUGGCCGUGUUUCUGGCAAUAAGUUUUAAGAACAAACAGCGGCGCAUGGAGUUCUAGGCCUUCGGGAAACGUGGCCUAAUCCCACAGUGUAAUCCAAAGAAGGAAUUGUGGUCUCAUUGGUAUUUCUCGCUUGGACGUCUCAUAACCAAAAGUAAUGGACAGUCAUAAUUUAUUCACUCCUACCUUAAAGCUACCUGUAAUUAAAGUACAUAUUUAUAGUUCAAUUACACAUUAUAAGUAUCCUAAUAAAUGUGCGCGAUGUUUGUUUUCACAUGA